AUGAGCGCCUCGGCGGCCCCCGUCAGGCUCAUGCCCGGCGGGCACCCGGAGCAGGCGGCCGCCUGCGCCCCAGCCGCGGGCUCGGCGCCCGAGCGAGGCAGCCCCGCCGCCGCUGUGCCCGCCGGCCCCGCCGCCGCCCCGGCCCGUCCCGCGGCCGCCCCCGCGGGCACCCCGGUGGUGCGGGGGGCCGCUCCCGGCGUCCCGCGGCCGGUGGCGCCCAAGGGGCCGCCCGCGGCCACCCUCCAGUUGCCGGCCAACUUGCAGCUGCCCCCAGGAACUGUUCUUAUCAGAAGCAGUAAUGGGCACCUAAUGCUGGUAUCUCAACAGUCAAUAGGACAAGCACAGAACCAGACACAAAACAACACAAGUGUGAGACCACCUGUGCCAACCAGCACACCUGCAAUCAGAAUAUGUGCUGUGCAGAAUUCUGGCACACAGUUAGUAAAGAAAAUAGCAGCUGCUCCUGUGAAAACAUUAUCUCAAACAACAAAUGCUGUGGUUUCUACUGUUCAGACACCUGCUGUAAUACAGCCAGCAGCUGCAACAGCUAGUGUUACUACAGUUACUGCUGUAAAGCCUUUGAGUACUGGAACACCUGUAAAACUUCCAGUUACAGGACCACCUGCACAAGCUAUCUCCCAAAAGGCAGUCUCUGUGAAAGCAGAGGGCACAACAGUAGCACAGACCAGCGCUUCUGCAGAGAUGCUAGAGAAUGUGAAGAAAUGCAAGAAUUUUCUUGCUACGCUAGUAAAAUUGGCAUCUAGUGGACCUCAAGCCCCUGAGAUGGGGCAGAAUGUGAAGAAUCUGGUGCAAAACCUACUGGAAGCAAAAAUUGAACCAGAAGAAUUUACAAAAAACUUGUACACAGAGCUUAAGUCAUCUCCACAACCAUAUUUAGUUCCUUUCCUCAAGAAAAGUGUGCUUGCCUUACGACAACUAAUGCCUGAUCCUCAGAGCUUUAUCCAGCAGUGUAUGGAGCAGCCAGCUCCAACCCAAGAAGAGGUUUCCAUUUGUCCCUCUGCAGCACCAGCUCCUUCGACAGGAGCGGCAACCUCUGCUGUAGCAACAACUGCUCUUCCAGCUGUAAAACCCUCAUCUGCAGCGGUCACAGCCCCUGUAGUUGUCACACCAGUCCUUGCCAGCACAUCAGCAGCAGCUCCUCUGCAGGCUGUGAAGGCUGUUCCUUCCCCUGCCACAGGGACAGCGGCGCUGGGGCCCGCAGCUUCCGUCCUCACCGCAGCCGUGGCAUCGUCUGGGCUGACCGCUGUCCAGCCUGGCAAGCCAGUCCUCACCACUGCAGUGCCAGCACCCUCUCUGCAGGCUGCAAAGCCAGUGCUGGUCUCUACAGUGGCAUCUUCAGCAACAACCCCUCUCCAGCCUCUGAAACCAGUCAUUGGAACCCCAGUUGGCAUUAAAAUCUCGCAGCCCAGCUCCAUCGUGGCACGGUCAGCGGGUGCUCCGCAGGUGGUUAAAGUGAAGCAGCUGGUAGUCCAGCAACCAUCAGGAGCCAUUGUCAAGCAAGUAUCCACGCUCCCACAGCCCUCAGUGCUCACCCUACAGACAUCUGCUGAGAAGAAAAUGCCACUGAAUACCCUUGUUCAAACCAGCCAGUUUCCUGCAGGUUCCAUUCUGAAGCAAAUUACCUUGCCAAGAAAUAAAAUUCUGUCGCUUCAAGCAUCUCCUGUUCAAAAAGUGAAAAUGAAAGAGAAUGGAGCAACAUCCUUCAGAGAUGAAGAUGACCUAAAUGAUGUGACUUCUAUGGCUGGGGUUAAUCUCAGUGAGGAGAAUGCCUGCAUUUUGGCAGCAAACUCUGAGCUUAUUGGCACAGUGAUUCACUCUUGUGCAGAUGAACCGUUUCUGUCUCUGGAAGCUCUUCAGAGUAAGAUCUUGAACAUAGGUAAAAGGCAUGACAUUAUGGAACUUAACUCUGAUGUUGUGAACUUGAUCUCCCACGCUACACAGGAAAGAUUACGAGGGCUCCUGGAAAAACUAACUGUAAUUGCUCGGCACAGAGUAUCAACCCACAAGGGGAGUGAUAAGUACAUCAUAUGUAGUGACACCAGAGCACAACUGAGAUUUCUUGAGAAGCUUGAUCACCUAGAAAAGCAGAGAAAAGAUGAAGAGGAACGUGAAAUGUUGCUUCGAGCAGCCAAGAGCCGUUCCAAUAAAGAAGAUCCAGAGCAACUGCGGUUAAAGCAGAAAGCAAAAGAGAUGCAACAGCUGGAAUUAGCACAGAUGCAACAAAGAGAAGCCAACCUCACAGCUUUGGCAGCCAUUGGACCAAGGAAGAAAAGACCACUGGAUUCAUUGAACAUUGGAUCUGGGCUCGAGGGUUUGAGAAGCAAUGGAAUUGCUGGAUCAUCAGGUUUUAGCCUUACGAAGCAGAUGCUCUGUCCACGAGUAACCCGUGUCUGUCUCAGGGACUUGAUAUUCUGCAUGGAACAAGAGAGGGAGAUGAAGCAUUCUCUACGCUUGUACCGUGCCCUUCUGAAGUGA